ACAACGAAAAUAUCUCCGAAUUCAUCCCAUGACGCCGCUUGGUUAGAUAACACGAAGGAAACUCUUCCUUCCACUUCAAAUUGAGAAAAAAUGUCACAAAUUAUCACGAGAAAGGUGUUCACGUGUUCCAGCGCUUCGACACAGCACCCGAUCGAAAUAACAGGCGAGGAGGGCACCAUCCUAAAACCAGAAACGUUUCCUUCGAGUUACGAAGCAGCAGUUGCAGAAAGUCCACACAGUGAAAUAGACCAAGGAGGUGGAAUUGCCUUCAAAAUUCGUGGGAGUAAAGAUGCUAAUCCAGCAUAUACAAAACAAAGUUCAACAAAGAUCGUUCGGACAUUUGUUACGAAUGAAGAAGAGAAGAAACAGCUCGCCAACGAGGCAGCACUGAAUAUUAAAACAACAGUAAAUUCUAAUACUGAACAAAGUCUUGCGAUAUUACAAGAAAAUAUUCAAACAACGAAUAGACACUCAACCACUGCAGCCAACGAAGACCCUGGAAAACAUACCAACGUGGACUCUACUAAUAUAACAGCUACCAGCAGACGAAGGUCAAAAACGAGUUACACAUACAGAGUUCAUGAUGGCAUAGCAGUGUUGGAAAAUGUAACAAGAUACCAGCCUGAAACGCAAACAAUCACAAACUUUGCGCGCCAAAAUCCAAAACAUACAGAGAUAUCCAAUGUAUCCUUUGAAAUAAAUACAGAAGACCUGGCAACAAACCAAGACCAUGACGUUCAAAAACAAAACACCUUCAGAACAAAUCUGGCCUUUCAAUCCAAGCCCAAGACGAUAUUUACGCAAAUGGAUAUGGUCUCUAAAUCAGAAAAUAGAGCCGUAAGAGAAAUAUCUGGUAAUCGUCAUACUGAGGGCAUUGGCCAACCAUCAACAGACGCAGAAAAAAGGAGACAACUAAAAUUAACCACCCGAACUACGGCAUACCAUGCCACAGCACAAAAUUCAUCCCAAGGAGAAAGGCAACUUAUUGACACCCCCCAAGACACCCAGAAAUCACCAACAUACUCUUACUCAGUCACAAGCCCAGGCCCUUCUCACAAGAUUUUUGGAUCAGAGGUGUACGGAGUAAAAUCAAUAACACAACCGCAGCACCAAAAAGAGCGUCUCCCAUCAACCAAUACAAAACAAAUAACGACACAGCACCAAACAACAAAUAUAUCUGACUCUGGAAAACUUAUAAUUCCCAAUUUUACUCAAUACACUUCAACCAAUCAGGUAAAACUAUGUGAGCCAACACCAAAGGACAACAAUGUCAAAAGUGACGAAAAAGUAAAAGACCCCAACACUGAGGAGUGGGAAACACAGGUAGUUACUCAGAAAGAUGUCCGUUCAGAAAAAUCGCUGCCAACAAAUAAGCUCUCAGCAUAUAAAAUGCAACUUCUUCACAACCAAGAUACACAGCCCAAGAAAAACCUCGACAAAUCCAGCCCUGGAAGACUUGUCAUUCCCGACUUUAAUCAAAGUACUUUCACAGCAGAAGUCAAAGAGACCAAGCCAUCGCCCAAAGUCGACAAACUCAAAACUGAAGAGUGGAGAACACAGGUAGUUACCUACGAAGAAUUCAGAUCAGAACCAACUCUCCAGGCAAACAGGCUCUCAGAAGAUAAAAUGAAAUUUCUUCACAACCAAAAUACACAGCCCGAGAAAUACCUCGACAAAUCCAGCCCUGGCAGACUUGUCAUUCCCGACUUUAAUCAAAGCUCUUUCACCACAGAAGUCAAAGACAUAAAGCCAUUGCCCAAAGUCGACAAACUCAAAACUGAAAGGUGGGCAACACAGGUAGUUACUCAGGAAGAUGUCAGAUCAGAACAACCUCCACAGGCAAAUAGACUGUCAGCAGAUAAAAUGAAAUUUCUUCACAACCAAGAUACACAGCCCGAGAAAAACCUCGACAAAUCCAGCCCUAGCAGACUUCUCAUUCCCGACUUUAAUCAAAGCACCUUCACUACAGAGGUCAAGGAGACUAAGCCAUCGCCCAAAGUCGACAAACUCAAAACUGAAGAGUGGGUAACACAGGUAGUUACUCAAGAAGAGAUCAGACCAGAACCACCCCUCCAGGCAAACAGACUGUCAGCAGAUAAAAUGCAAUUUCUUUACAACCAAGAUACACAGCCUGAGAAAAACCUCGACAAAUCCAGCCCUGGAAGACUUGUCAUUCCCGACUUUAAACAAAGUACUGUCACCACAGAGGUCAAAGACACUAAACCAUCGCCCAAAGUCGAAAAACUCAAAGCCGAAGAGUGGGUAACACAGGUACUUACUGAGAAAGAGGUCAGAUCAGAGCCACCUCUGCAGGCAAAAAGGCUGUCAGCAAAUAAAAUGCAAUUUCUUCACAACCGAGAUACAGAGCCCGAGAAAAUUCUCGACAAAUCUGGUCCUGGCAGACUUGUCAUUCCCGACUUUAAACAAAGUACUUUCACCACAGAGGUCAAGGAGACUGAGCCAUCGCCUAAAGUCAACAAAUUUAAAAUUGAAAAGUGGGUAACACAGGUAAUUACUCAGGAAGAAGUCAGAUCAGAGCCACCUCUCCAGGCAAACAGGCUGUUAGCAGAUAAAAUAGAAUUUCUUCACAAUCAAGAUACACAGCCUGAGAAAAAGCUCGACAAAUCCAGUCCUGGAAGACUUGUCAUUCCCGACUUUAAUCAAAGCACCUUUACCUCAGAAGUCAAAGAGACUAAGCCAUCACCCAACGUCGACAAAUUCAAAACUGAGGAGUGGCUAACACAGGUAGUAACUCAGGAAGAGGUCAGAUCAGAACCACCUCUACAGGCAAACAGGCUGUCAGCAGAUAAAACGCAAUUUCUUCACAAUCAAGAAACACAGCCCGAGAAAAAGCUCGACAAAUCCAGUCCUGGAAGACUUGUCAUUCCCGACUUUAAUCAAAGUACUUCUACCACAGACGUCAAAGAGACUAAGCCAUCGCCCAAAGUCGACAAACUCAAAACUGAAGAGUGGCUAACACAGGUAGUAACUCAGGAAGAAGUCAGAUCAGAACCACCUCUGCAGGCAAACAGGCUGUCAGAAGAUAAAAAGCAAUUUCUUCUUAACCAAGAUACACAGCCCGAGAAAUCAUUCGAGACAUCUAGCCCUGGAAGACUUGUUAUUCCCGACUUUCGUCAAAGCACUUUCACUACAGAGGUCAAAGAGACUACGUUAUCGCCCAAAGUCGACAAACUCAAAAGUGAAGAGUGGGUAACACAAGUGGUUACUCAGGAAAAAGUCAGAUCAGAGCCACCUCUCCAAGCAAACAGGCUGUCAGCAGAUAAAAUAGAAUUUCUUCACAACCAAGAUACACAGCCCGAGAAAACGUUCGAAAAAUCUAGCCCUGGUAGACUUGUCAUUCCCGAAUUUAACCAAAGCACUUUCUCCAGAGAGACCAAUGAGACUAAGCCAUCACCCAAAGUCAACAAACUCAAAACUGAAGAGUGGGUAACACAGGUAGUUACUCAGGAAGAAGUCAGAUCAGAACCACCCCUUCUGGCAAACAGGCUGUCCGGAGAUAAAAUGCAAUUUCUUCACAACCAAGAUACGCACCCCGAGAAAACGUUCGACAAAUCGACCCCUGGGAAACUUGUCAUUCCCGACUUUAAUCAAAGCACUUUCACCUCAGAGGUCAAGGAGACUAAGCCAUCGUCCAAAGUCGACAAACUCAAAGCUGAAGAGUGGGUAACUCAAAUACUUACUCAAGAGGAGAUCAGAUCAGAGCCACCACUUCACGCAAACAGGCUCUCAGCAGAUAAAAUGCAAUUUCUGCGCAAAGAUGAUACACAGCCUGACAAAACAUUCGAGAAAUCUAGCCCUGGAAGACUUGUUAUUCCUGACUUUAGUCAAAGCACUUUCACCACAGAGGUCAAAGAGACUAACUUAUCGCCCAAAGUCGACAAAAUCAAAACUGAAGAGUGGGUAACACAAGUGGCUACUCAGGAAAAAGUCAGAUCAGAGCCACCUCUCCAAGCAAACAGGCUACCAGCAGAUAAAAUGCAAUUUCUUCACAACCACGAUACACAGACCGAGAAAAAGCUCGACAAAUCCAGUCCUGGUAGACUUGUUAUUCCCGAAUUUAGCCAAAGCACUUUCACCACAGAGGGCAAAGAGACUAAGACAUUGCCCAAAGUCAACAAACUCAAAACUGAAGAGUGGGUAACACAGGUAGUUACUCAGGAAGAAGUCAGAUCAGAACCCCCCCUUCUGGCAAACAGGCUGUCCGGAGAUCAAAUGCAAUUUCUUCACAACCAAGAUACACAAGCCGAGAAAAAGUUCAAGAAAUCCAGCCCUGGCAGACUUAUCAUUCCCGACUUUAAUCAAAGCACUUCCACCACAGAAGCCAAAGACACUAAGCCAUCGCUCAAAGUCGACGACAUAAAAAGUGAAGACUGGGUAACAGAGGUUCUUAUUCAGGAAGAAGUCAGAUCAGAAUCACCUCUGCAGGCAAACAAGCUGUCAGCAGAUAAAAUGCAAUUUCUUCACAACCAAGAUGCACAGCCCGAGAAAAAUCUCGAAAAAUCCAGCCCUGGGAAACUUGUCAUUCCCGACUUUAACCAAAGCACUUUCACUACAGAAGUCAAAGACAAUAAGACAUCUCUCAAAGUCCAGAAACUCAAAACUGAAGAGUGGGUAACACAGGUUGUUACCCAGGAAGAAGUCAGAUUAGAACCACCUCUCCAAGCAAACAGGCUCUCAGCAGAUAAAAUGCAAUUCCUUCAAUAUCAAGAUACACAGCCCAAGAAUAAGCUUGUCAAAUCCAGCCCUCGAAGAGUUAUCAUUCCCGACUUUAAUCAAAGUACUUUCAUCUCAGAGAUCAAAGACACUAAGCCAUCGCCCGAAGUCGACCUUCUCAAAACUGAAGAGUGGGUAACACAGGUAGUUACUCAGGAAGAGGUCAGAUCAGAACCACCUCCCCAGGCAAACAGGCUGUCAGGAGAUAAAAUGCAAUUUCUUCAAAACCAAGAUGCACAGCCCGAGAAAAAACUCGAAAAAUCCAGCCCUGGCAGACUUGUCAUUCCCGACUUUAACCAAAGCACUUUCACUACAGAAGUCAAAGACAAUAAGACAUCGCCCAAAGUCAAGAAAUUCAAAACUGAAGAGUGGGUAACACAGGUUGUUACUCAGGAAGAAGUCAGAUCAGAACUACCUCUCCAGGCAAACAGGCUGUCAGCAGAUAAAACUCAGUUUCUUAACAACCAAGAUACGCAUCGCGAUAAAAAGCUCGACAAAUCCAGCCCUGGCAGACUUGUCAUUCCCACCUUUAAUCAAAGCACUUUCACCACAGAGGUCAAAGAGACUAAGCCAUCGUCCAAAGUCGACAAACUCAAAACUGAAGAGUGGGUAACACAGGUAGUUACUCAGGAAGAAGUCAUAUCAGAACCACCACUUCAGGCAAACAGGCUGUCAGCAGAUAAAAUGCAAUUUCUUCACAACCAAGAUACACAGCCCGAGAAAAAGCUCGACAAAUCCAGCCCUGGCAGACUUGUCAUUCCUGACUUUAAUCAAUGCACUUUCACCACAGAAGUCAAAGACAUCAAGCCAUCGAAAAAUUACUUCAUAAAGGAUAUACAUUCUACUAACGGUGGGAAUGCCUUGUCAUCUGAGAUGGUUAGGCAUAUGAAGAGCCCUAAAAAUGUCAUUGAAUUACAAAGUCGUGAAUUACCACUUACCCAAAAGAGAGAGUUAACGGAUGAAUGGAAAGUGGAGGAUAAAGGAAACGAAGAUUGGCGAUCACAAGCACCACAACCUUUAAAGGAGUCAUUGGAAAAACUUAGAUCACUUUCUAGAACCCAGGAAAUGCAUUCAAUGACAGGAUCUGAUGUGUUACCGAAAAAUUCAAAUGUGCCUCUGAGGGGUACUGACAACACCUUCUUCAUUCAGAUUCAAGAUGCAGCCUUCACAACUGGAAAUUACAAAGAUGAGCAGGCGAUAAGGCAUUAUCUGACUGAAUUACCUGCGGGAAAAACAGGGUUUGUUCGAUCAAGGGAAACAAACCAAGUUUUAAAGUCAGAUAGAGCUCAUUCCUCCGACAGCGUUGUAAUUCCCGUUGAACCGAAACAAGUUUCUUCUUCUUCUGGAGUCGUCAUACAUAACAGUGAGAACUGGAUAACUCGCGCAAAUACAAGUAUAUCGCCUGCAGAGAAAGAAAAGAUUUUUUUCCAUGCCGGUGAGGCACGUCAGGCUGUAAAAUUAGGAGGGGUCUCAUCUAGUGGCAGCGCAGUCAUUCCCAUUGAAAUAAAGGACAUUUCUUCGUCACCAAAAGUCCAGAUACAUGAUGGAAAGACGUGGACUACUCGGCAGACCUCAGUUAAGUUGUCAAGAGAUGACAGAUCCUUUGUAAGUACUGGCGAAACUAAAGAAGUCAUAACGUUGGAUGGCUCUUCAUCCAGUGGUGUUGUGAUUCCAGUGCAAAUUUCAAGCGAAUCUUUGACUACAAACGUCAAGAUAUAUAGCGGCCAAGUCUACACACCCUGAUACGUUCAAAAAGAAAGGCGUAAAUCACAAACCGCUUCUCUCAAAAUCGUUAUAUUCUGAGCUUGACUGGCGAUGGAAAAGUCCAAAAUUUCAUCAAAAAUGCAAUAACACUUAAGACAUAUUAUUGGCAGUACCCCUGGUUAAAUUCGCAGUAAGUUGCCGCUGGUCUUCCAAGAAUGUUCUUUUUUUUUUAAUUUAAGCGGUGCCGUGGUUUGCGUCAUUGACCAAGGCUAAGAGGAAGUACAAGUAACCUGCACAUAAUAGGUCAAACUUUUAAGUAAGAAUUAUCUGCUCAGUCUCAUACUUUUCUAAAGUAAAGCCGUUUGAGCCCGAAAGCGAAAGGCUGCAUUGGCAAUCUACUGCUUUCGCCCUUGUCUUCUCUGUCUGAUAAUUGUAUGCAUAUAAUGAAGUUUGGGGCUGUGCGGAAAUCUCAGCAAAGUUUCUUCAGAGGCUCUUAAAGCUCCUGGUAAUGCAAGCGGAAUGUAUAAAGUGUAUCAUGACUUUCACUGAAUGAGUUAUCUUGAUCGGUUGGAAUCACAUCAAGAUGACUGGCAUGCAACAAGUAAAACCUAAAUUACGAGAAAGAUGUAGAUUAGACAAUUAGACAGGAGCAAACAUGGUCUAUUUUUUCACUUGCUUAUGGUAAUGAUGGAAUCAAUUUUGUUUAUUUAUGAGCUUUUAAAAAGUACAGUGACCUGUUUGCUUAUACUAAGUCAAAUUCUCAGUUGAGAAAUAUGGUGGAGUCACAUGAAUUUACAGUUGAUUUUAUUGUGAAUUCAUAUAUUUUCUGAAAUUUGAUCUUAUGUUUUCUAAAUUCGUUUUUUGUUUGAUUUUAGCAAAUGUUGCAUCAGAGUUCCCAGCUUUUGUUUGGACAACUCUACCACUUCAAUGGCUACAAAUAAUCUUCAAAAAGCAGCUUGCAUAAUGACUUAAAUUAGAAAUUAGGCAAGGUAAAAAAAUUUGUAUAAAGUAUAUUAUACAAUGCAUUAAAUCAAUAAGGACAAAUAAUUCUUGUUAAAAAAAAAACAAUAAAUAAAUACUCCUUGGUCCAUUUUA